AUGUUUAUGAAGGCGGAUAAGUGGUAUAGUAGUUUGAACUCAUACAUCGGCUCAGAAGAGGUAUCCCGGCCAAACACUCGAGCUGAGAUCGUCCAAGCCAUGCGUCGCAUUCGGUACGAUUAUAAAGUACGAAAUGAAAAGAAGAAAAAAGUCACAAUAACAGUAUCGGUGGAUGGAGUAAAAAAAAAACAAUGGAAUAGUGAACCAGAAGAAUUUCUAUAUCAUCCAAUUUAUAGGAUAUUUUAUGUUUCACAUGAUAGUAGCGAUCUCAAAAUAUUUAGUUAUAUUGCCCGAGAUUCUAGCACCGAUAAAUUUAAGUGCGCAGUAUUUAAGAGCAACAAAAAGAAGGAUUAUAUGAGUAGUCAGAAGGUGGUAUAA